AUCGCGUCUUGAUCAUAAAAACAUGGUGGAACUAGUAUUGCUAAUACAAAGUACUUGAUAGCUAAAUGUGCAUAAAAUUUUUUUUUGUGGCUAAGGUGUGGAAAUUGGUAAAUUUUCAUUCGGAAAGUUCGCUAAUGACCCGUGGCAUGUCGCUUCUCUAGUAAGUGCUCGCGUGUGGACCUAAAGAAAAAACCAUAUUUUUCUUAUAAUCAAAUUGAUUUCCUGGGCAUUUGUUUUAAAAAUAAAACUCAUAAAAAUCGGGCCAAGUCGACAGACAAAAAAACUGCAGAUACAUCAUAUGUAUAAGUAAAAGAGGAAGAAGAAAUCGCGUCGAAGUUCGUGUGACGUCGACUUCAAUGCUUCUGAGUCGGCCUUGAUACUGCAGCGGUUUGUCAAUGUAUCCGAUCCGUACGAAGCAUCUGAGUCUAAUGUUAAAAGAGAAAUCCAAAAUUUUUGAUAUUCCCAAAAGUGACCGAUCCCAUGUAUAGAAAUAGUCCAUUGUUUGCAAACCUUAUUCAAAACUUGCUACAACUUAAUACUGGAAUUUGGGAAUAAGAAAAAUUAAUUAUAUAAACGAACUGGAAUGAUGCGUUCUACUUUAAUAUAUAACAUUGAGCACAUAGUCAUAAUUUUUUUGGAGAACCUCAUUUCCUGUAAGAAUGGGAUUUGUAAAUUUCGAAGAAGAACACCUAUGCCACUGCUUGAACGCAUGGUCGCAUGCAAAGUGAGCAAUUUUCAAAGUUCUUCUUUGUGCUUUUAUAUCAUGAUGGAAGCGCAUAGGAUUCUUUUAGCUGGUGACAAAUGUACAGUCAGAGAACUUUUUUACAAAGAUCCUGCGAAAUGUUGCAAACCUGUCAGUAUUUAUAAUAGUUUAAAAGAUGUCUGUACACUUUUAAGAACAACUCCAUGGAAUUUGGGAAUUUGCGCUUCUGGAAAAGGAUUAAUAGCAGGUGCGAUCCGCUUGCAUAUGAUAAAUGGUGACGUGAUCGACUGCUAUACUCAUGGCGGUGCUGUUGUACUUCCACAAGAUCAGAAUUCCAUCGAUCGCUUGGAAACAACAGCCUCAUUUGUAUUACUUGUAGAAAAAAAUACCGUAUUUUCAAAACUCUUAUCACAAAACCUUUUCGGAGUUAUUGGUGUAGAUGUGAUAUUAGUCACCGGUAAAGGAUAUCCAGACUUAUGUACGCGCUACAUCCUAAAUCGUCUUUCUACCGAGCACAAUAUUCCAGUCUAUGCACUUUUCGAUGCUGAUCCAUUUGGUAUUGAUAUUUUAUUGGUCUAUCAAUUUGGAUCCAAAAAAAUGACACCAGAUAUAUCAAUGAAUUUAAUAUGUCCAGGUAUGCGCUGGUUAGGCAUACAUCCAAGCGAGCUUAAUAUGUUUAACUUUUCAAGCGCGGCGCUAAGCGAUAAAGAUAAUAAUAAACUUGAAAAAAUGUUGGCAUACAACUAUUUAAUACCCAGUUUGCACGCAGAAUUGCAAAUUUUACAGAUAUUACAACGGAAAGCUCAUAUCGACGACUUAAAUGAUAUCUCACAAAAUUUUCUUAUAAACGACUACAUUCCAAAUAAGAUAAAAAGAAAUCUUGUUAUUUAAGCAGAGAAGUAUUUUUUAAAAGAAAACAAACAUUCAGAUACAACGUUAAAUUGAAAUGAAUUCAUUUU